CGCAGACACAGCCCAUUUUCUUUAGGCAUUUGAGAAUUGUCGGGGAUCGGGUCAACAGGGAAACCCAAAGGUUUCUACUGACUUUAAUACGGACACCCGGUAAUUUCUGAGUUCAGACAGCAACACAACAGGAUACAUCAACAUGGUGGUUGUAGCAGCUGGGGCUGGAGGAGCCCACAAAGUCCUUCUCAUAUCAGGGAAGCAAUCCGGCUCACAGACGGCCCUCAGCCGGCCCAUCUCUGUCGUUUUACCGUCAACGGCCAGCCAAGUGUCGUCGGAUUCAGACUCCAACACUUCUGCAGGGCCGCCGGUGCGAAAAAGACAGAGACUCACACAUUUGAGUCCUGAAGAGAAAGCGCUUCGCAGGAAACUCAAGAACAGAGUGGCAGCUCAGACAGCCAGAGACAGAAAAAAGGCAAAAAUGGGGGAACUGGAGCAACAAGUCCUAGAGCUGGAGCUGGAGAAUCAGAAACUUCACAUUGAAAACAGGCUACUUCGGGAAAAAACAAAUGGCCUGCUCACAGAAAAUGAGGAACUGAGACAAAGACUUGGAUUGGACACUCUUGACUCAAAAGAGAAGGUUCAGGUUAUGUUGUCCACCGGGAACGAUGCAGAUUUGGGGAUCGGGUCUUCUGAGUCCGCAGCACUCAGGCUACGUGUGUCCGCAGCAGGUGCAGGCCCAGCAGUCCCUAAAUCUGAAGACUUCCCAAUGGAUACAGAUAGUCCUGACUCUUCAGACAAUGAGUCUGAUUUGCUACUGGGCAUUCUGGACAUCCUUGACCCAGAGUUAUUUCUCAAGUCUUGUGAACCAGACUGCCAGGAGCCGCAGGUCCUGUUGCUCGGAGGGGGUGAGCCAGUACCUACCACCCCAUCUCCAACUAUGGGGCCCACAUCAGUUAAGCUGGAGACCCUUAAUGAACUGAUUCACUUUGACCACAUCUAUACAAAGCCCGUGGAGGAGGUGAGCAGUGGGCAGCACACCGACUUGGAGAGCGGCACAAAUGAGAAGAAUGACGAGGUAGCCUUCCCCGUUACUGAGGUCGUGGUGGAGGAGGAGACCAUCUGCGUCAAAGAUGAACCACAGGAAGUGGUCAUCCCUGCAUGUAAUGGUCAGAGUCAGGCAGUUGAGCUUUUCUCUGGACCCUCCUCUCCUUCCCUCAACAGCCUGGAGAAAGAAGCCUGCCUGGUGGACACCUACAGCGACUCCGGAUAUGAAGGUUCCCCUUCCCCUUUCAGCGACAUGUCGUCCCCCCUGUGUGCUGAGAGCACCUGGGAUGACAUGUUUGCUAAUGAACUAUUCCCCCAGCUUAUCAGUGUCUGAAUCAACCCCUCUACCCAAUAAUACAGAUGUAUUUCCAUAAUGUAUAUACACAUGUAAGAGUUAAUGUGUAGCCUAAUAAAUUACAGAAGCACCCUAUUUCUCAUUAACAGAACAUCUGAACAGGCUAAUAUUCAGUCUCCUUUUAUUACAGCCGGUCUGUAUCCAUCUGUGAUAGAUGGAGUUCUAAAUAGUUUAUAUUAGCAUGACCUAAUUUUGCAGAUGAUUUAAUAGUUCAUAAAAUCGUUCACUGGUAGGUGAAUCCAUUAUUUCUGUAAAAAAAGUAAAAUUUUUAAGGGGGAAAUGGAACCGAUCAUUUAAAUAUAAAUUAUUUAUCUGUUCUGCUUUGGAGUCGUAUGUAUGCUUGUUUAAAAAACGUCUUCUUAUUUUUGACUGCUCUCCUUGUAGUAUAAUUGCCGCAUUAAAAAAACUUUUUGCAUCGCA